AUGACUACAGAAAGAAAAUCCACUGAGGUAGAUGACGUUUUUGAAUUCUUAGAGUCUCUUCCUUCUGAAAAUGCAACAGAUAAGUCGAUAGACGAUACUAAUGAUAAUAAGGGGAAGACAAAUGAGGGAGGUGCAGGAGACGAAGAUAUUAUGGAUUUCCUUGACGAAUUGGAAAAGAGUAAUUUGAGUAUUGAAAAACCUUCUAAAAAAAAGAAAGGUUUGACUGGAAACUCAGCUGACAAGACGGGACAACAAUCUGCUAAAGAAGAAGGGAAGGAAAAAACAGAAAAAGUGUCACCAACUAUUACCAAAGAAAAGGAGGAGGAAGUUAUAAGCGGUAAAGAAGAAGAAGAAAACCAAGAACAAGGGCAUGAGGAGGAAGAAGAAGAAGAGGUAGAACAGGGAAGGGAUGGGACACCUUUGAAUGAUCCAAUUACUUCCAUCUCCAAUUGGUGGUCAUCUUCCGGUCAAGCCACGGUAUCGACUCUUUGGGACAAGACUACAAAACAAGCAACUUCACAAAUUAAAAAAAUUGGUGAUAAGAUUGGUCAAGAUCAAUUGCUACAACAGUCUCGUGGUGCAAUUAAGAUUACGGAAUUGGCUAAAAACCUUUCCAAGAUAGUGGUUGGUGAAACAGAUGAAAUAUUAAGAAUUCAUUUGGUUCAUGAUUUAAUCAAUUAUUCUUAUUUGCAAUAUCAAAUUGAAGAUAAAUUCCAUCAAGUUUUGUCUUCACAAGUGCAAGGUGGUGUCAGAAUAUUCGUAGAUGAAUGGGGUAACCCAAAUAAAAAGGAUACGGGUAGAAGAUCCACAAUUACAGAUUUCAAUGAAGCUAAAUUCUUGAAACAAAAAUUGAAUUUAUUUAGGGGAAAAACUACCGACGGUGAGAAAUUAGCAUUAGCCAACUUGGAAAACUCUAUUAAAUUGUUCAAUAAAGCUCAUGAUGAACUAUUGAAAAGGAAAAAGGAAUUGAACGAAAAAGAUGAUGAAAAUAGUGAAAAUGACGAUGAUGAUGAGGAGGAGGAGGAGGAACAAAACAAAAUCAGUGAUAUUUUCAUUGCUAUUUUGCCAAUUGCUGUGGAAGAAAAGGGGAAGACAAGUAGUGAUGAUAAGGAUAUUAUAACCACAGAUGCAUCAUAUCCAGGAAACUUUAACUUCACCAUUGUCCUGAAAGAUAUUACAAAUAAUAUAACGACUAUAACAAGAUCACAAGGUUUCCCAUUGAAAUGGGUUAAGUGGUUGGAGACGGAAAAGGAUAAAGGUGAAGAAGAAGCUAAAGAAGAAGCCGCAGACGAAGAAGCCAAGGAGGAAGAACUUGGAGUUGAUCCUGGUGAUUGGGUGAAAGAUUGGAUAGAGGACGGUCUAAACUUAUCGUUUGGUAUCGUAGCCCAGAACUAUGUAAUUCAAAGAAUGGGAUUCUAA